AUGAUAAGAGGAUCAAGAAAUAUUUUAGGACUAGCAAGAAGAUGGUUUGCAACAAGCCUAGAAGAGAUCGAAGCUACAAUUUUUGAAGUUUUAAAGCAGCAUGAGAAAGUAAAUCCUGUUCUGCUAUCAAGGACAUCUGCUUUUAGAGAUCUAAACCUUGAUAGUUUAGAUACAAUUGAGGUUGUUGUGAAUCUUGAAGAAAAAUUUAGGAUUGACUUAACAGAGGAUGAUGCCUUAAAAAUACAUAGUGUUAUGGAUGCUAUUAAUAUAUUCCAAAAGUAUAAAAAAUAG